AUGAGAAAUAGGAAGUUCAACGAAGCGCCUCCGCCAUAUCUUAAUGGGGCGUAUCGCCCUCCUUCAGCUCUGGGAGGCGAUAGGGGGUUUCCAUUCGGGUUUCUACUAGGGGCUAGUGCUCCACCUGUUCCGCAGCCCCAUCAUCCAGCACGGCCUGCAACUGUUGACGAGGUGCCUAUGCUUGAUCUAGAUUUGCCGAAAUCCAACGACUACCGUGACAUUGUAAUUAUCGAGUUUGAUCGUGCCCUUUUCCAUACUCCAAGCCCUAACUUGGAUCUGCUGGAACCUACCUCAGCCCGACUUGUCGAAACUGGUCUGGGAGACGAGGGGUGGUGGGAAAGUCCAGCAGUGCUGGAGGCCGCCCGCAACAGUUGUUCGAAUUGGAAUGAGACUCUGGUGGAUAUUCUAAAGGUGGCUAUCUCAUCACCUCAGGUUUUCACUGCGGUGAUCAGUGGGCGCACAGCACAAAACGAGGACCAAAUACGGAAAAUGUUGACUGAAAAGGGCAUUGGAAACAUCGAUUGCUUGGUGCUAGGUGAAUCAGGCCAGCAAAUUAGGCUCAGAAAAACGCAAUUGGUGUCCAGGCUUUGGUCUCAUUUCUAUACAUGCAACCGACUAACGGUAUACGAGGGCAGGCCGAAAGACGCGAAAGCGUUGCGAAAUUUACUUCCAGCUCUGGCGACCGAGGCCCGCAAUGGACUCAUAUUGAAAGAAGUCGUUGCUCCAUUAGUGCUGCUUCCGCCGCGUGAAGAAAGGAGCUUCCUUGAAGCGGCGGUUCUUCGAUACAACGAGAAAAACCCCAAGCCAAUUGUCGCCGAGGUCACCAAAAACGGCUGUAUUUAUCGCCUGGUCCCAGAGACUCGUGAUUUAAUCCUGCAAAAAGUCCAAGAGAUAAUAAAUCCAGACCAGAUCAUCUUAAAUCCGGCCAAAUCAAGCAAUUCAUCAACCGAGGAAAAUGCCGAGAUCGAGGUUAGCUGGAACUUUGUAGACGCAAUUAUUGAGGGCGGCAUCUUGAAACUGAACUUGGCUGUGUCGAACGAAAAUAUCCAAUUCUUGGUAUGCGGGAGACUCUCGACGCCGGACGGACCAGUUAAUUGGUAUGACGGUACAAGUGCGUAUACAGCCAGGCGGAUCGUUGAUCGACGUCUAUAUCUGCGAACAUGA